GUGACGUUUCGCUGGCCGGCGCAGAGCGGGCCGCGGCGGCCGUUGGCGCCGCGGAGGUGCCGGGGGCGGCGGCGGGCUGAGGAGGCCGCGCACAGGCCCCGCGCUGCGCUUCCGAUUCCUCUGAGUUGUAUUUGAAGCCGCCAAGAUGGUUCUAGCAGAUCUUGGAAGAAAAAUAACUUCAGCAUUGCGCUCUCUGAGCAAUGCUACAAUUAUCAAUGAAGAGGUUUUAAAUGCUAUGUUGAAAGAAGUAUGUACAGCAUUACUGGAAGCUGAUGUUAAUAUCAAACUAGUGAAGCAACUCAGAGAAAAUGUCAAAUCUGCAAUCGAUCUUGAGGAGAUGGCAUCAGGCCUAAACAAAAGAAAAAUGAUUCAGCAUGCUGUCUUUAAGGAACUUGUUAAGCUUGUAGAUCCUGGAGUCAAAGCAUGGACACCUACCAAAGGAAAACAGAACAUUAUAAUGUUUGUUGGGUUGCAGGGAAGUGGUAAAACAACAACCUGUUCAAAGUUAGCAUACUUCUAUCAGAGGAAAGGUUGGAAGACUUGUUUAAUAUGCGCAGACACAUACAGAGCAGGUGCUUUUGACCAGUUAAAGCAGAAUGCCACAAAAGCAAGAAUUCCCUUUUAUGGGAGUUAUACAGAAAUGGAUCCUGUAAUAAUUGCCUCAGAAGGUGUGGAGAAAUUUAAAAAUGAAAACUUUGAGAUAAUCAUUGUUGAUACAAGUGGACGUCACAAACAGGAAGAUUCUUUGUUUGAAGAGAUGUUACAAGUUGCUAAUGCCAUACAACCAGAUAACAUUGUUUAUGUGAUGGAUGCAUCCAUUGGCCAAGCUUGUGAAGCUCAAGCUAAAGCUUUUAAAGAUAAAGUAGAUGUAGCCUCUGUUAUUGUCACUAAGCUUGAUGGACAUGCAAAAGGAGGUGGCGCUCUUAGUGCAGUUGCUGCCACAAAAAGCCCUAUUAUAUUUAUUGGAACGGGCGAGCACAUAGAUGACUUUGAACCCUUUAAAACACAGCCUUUCAUCAGCAAACUUCUUGGUAUGGGUGAUAUUGAAGGAUUGAUAGACAAAGUAAAUGAGUUGAAGCUGGAUGAUAAUGAAGCACUCAUAGAGAAGCUCAAACAUGGUCAAUUUACUUUAAGAGAUAUGUAUGAACAAUUCCAAAACAUCAUGAAAAUGGGACCAUUCAGUCAGAUCUUGGGCAUGAUCCCUGGUUUUGGAACAGACUUCAUGAGUAAAGGCAAUGAACAGGAAUCAAUGGCAAGGCUAAAGAAAUUGAUGACUAUAAUGGACAGUAUGAAUGACCAAGAACUUGACAGUACAGAUGGUGCCAAAGUUUUCAGUAAGCAGCCAGGAAGAAUCCAAAGAGUGGCAAGAGGUUCAGGUGUAUCUACCAGAGAUGUUCAGGAGCUCUUGACCCAAUACACUAAGUUUGCACAGAUGGUGAAAAAGAUGGGAGGCAUCAAAGGGCUUUUCAAAGGUGGUGAUAUGUCAAAGAAUGUAAACCCAUCUCAGCUGGCCAAACUAAACCAACAGAUGGCAAAGAUGAUGGAUCCAAGAGUUCUUCAUCAUAUGGUUUGUGAUUUCCUUGGGGAAAAGAUUGCAUCUGUUUUGGGGAUAAGUACACCAAAAUACCAGUAUGCCAUUGAUGAGUACUACAGAAUGAAAAAAGAGGAGGAAGAGGAGGAACAGGAAAACAGAAUGUCAGAAGAAGCAGAAAGACAGCAUCAGGAGCAGCAGAACAAGCCUCAGGCUGAAGCUCCUGUCCAGACAGACCAGCCUGAAGCAACAACAUGUAGUUCAUUUGUGAAUUUAAACUUUGAAACUGAGGGAAACUGCCAGUCUGUUGUGGAAAAUAAACAAGAUGGCCUUACUGUCCCUACUUAAGAGUAAAGCUGUGUUUAAUACUGGGCAUAGGAAGUGUCAGGUGUCACAAUCUGUCUGUAAGACACAGGAAAAUAUUUAUACUUGUUCAAUAAAAUACAAUUUUCAGCAUUCUUAUUGAUCAGGAGAGAGCUAGGUGAUGUCUGUUCAGUCCAUCUGCCUAAUAAAGGCUGAGGCAUUCUGCCAAAUUGGUACUUCUGUUGAAAUCAAAAUUGCACUACAAAGAUUUGGUCUAAAUUGAAUCUGAGUGUGGUAGUCAAUUUCUGUGUAAAACAAAAAUGUCAUUUCUUUGAAUUGCUGUGCAUCUCUGACAGCUGUGGACUUGCAGACACAGUGCUGUUUUCUACUUCUAGACACGUGGUUUUGAUUUGCACGCUGUUUGCAGCUUGGCUCUCUGUGAAUAGAUUAAUAGGAAUCCUUUUCCUGUAACUCGCAAAUCAUCAUAAUAGCUUCCAGAGUCCCCUGUGCAUGUAUUUUUUUUUUCUGUUGUUGUUUGUCAUAAGCUUUUAAGGUUAACUAGGUUUGAGGGCCCACCGAAAGCCUUUUUUAUUACUAUUUUCAAGGGGGCUAUAAACACCGUUAAGAACUUACUAACUAACCAGUACCAGCACUCCCAGAGGCUAACAGUGCUCCGCUGUUCCAUCCAGCGCUAUAGCAAACUAGACAACUAGCAUCAGUGUUCUGAGACUUUCUUACUCCGUUUGUAAGGCUUAAUAGAGACCUACCUGUUCGAAUUACUUCUUUUCCAGGACAAUUUCUGAAUUGCAUGUAAGUAAACUGAGGGCUGCUGAAUUAUACUGAGUUUACUGGGCAUUGUGUAUGAUACCAGUCUAUAACUAUAAAAAUGUGGGGUUUUGACUUAAAUUACCUGAUUAACCUGAACAGACUAUUUGUUUAACGUUUGGUUAUAGGUAAGGCAGUUGCUAUUGCAGAUGUUUUUGCCCUGUAGUACAGAAUACAUUUUAAUAACUGUAAAUCACAAAAUGAAACUUAAGAUUCUUCCUUUUUUUUUUUUUUUUUUUUUUUUUUUUUAUGAAAGGCCUUAAUAUUGGAAAGAUCCUGAAUUUUCUUUCUGGGAAAGCAUAAUGCAGGCACUUCCAAAUCUUUUAAGCAGCCCUAAAUAGCGAUUAAAAGGAUUUUACUGCAGUAACUGUUAUCCUACUUGUAGCCUGUAAAAAAAUUAAAAAUAAAUAAAUUAUUUAGUUUAAGAUGAUCAACUUUCAGUGUUCCAGGCAGGGAAAUAAGUAACUUUGUCACAAUCAUUUUUCUUUGUAGAUAAAUAAGCAGAAAAAAACAUGCCAAUUACCAUGUGAAUCAUUACAUCUUUCCUUGAGACCUAAAAACAAAUAAAUAAAACCAAGCUUCAGGGGAAUCUCAUGUUGGGUGUCUGCAUGUCGAUGGCCUUGGUCCCACCACCAGCUAACCUGAGAGCCUGUUGUAAUGUCGCAGGCCAGAGCAACUGGUGUUAGACUCCGUGUAGCUCAGUUACGCAUACUUCAGGCAGCCCCUGCCUAGACGAGCGCCCUGUGCGGCACAGCUUCCCGCUCCUCGCCCUCUGAGGAGGAGCUGCUCGGCUGUUCACGCAGUCUGUUAGUGGUACAGAGGGUGCUGACAGCUGUGCAGAAAUAAUUCCUUAGCCCUGAAUAGCUGCAAGGAAAAGCUUGGUUCAGCACCUGGGGAAUAUGUAGAAAAACAUCGUGUUGGGAGUUCUUGUACUGUGUCAAAUGUAAAAAAGCCUCCAGUCGUUCCAGAGUACAACCGCUACAGCUCAAGGAUGUUUUGCUUUUCUGCCAAGAAAUUGUCAGUUCUGAUCUCCCCCCCCCCCCCAGCUGUUGCAUUAAGGCAUGCUCUCACUGCCUUGGGCUUUAACUUCUUUGUAUAAAAUGCUCUAUUACUCACUGUGCCUUAACUUAAUUCUUCUUUCGUUUUUUUCAAACUGUAUGAAAGUGGUUACUUUUUUUCUGUAAAUGCAUUAACUGGUUAUUUUAUAUUUAAUAUAAUUUUUGAACCAGAAA